AUGGUUCACCGUAUCGAGGAAGAGCAUGCUGCCGCCAUGGAAAGCUUGGGUGGAAUGUCGGCUCAGGUAACCAUGGAUUUUGAUCAGGCAGUGGCCAACAUGGCAUAUCUUUCCACUGCCUUCAAUUCGGACAAGUGGACUGUGUGCCCCGUGGUCAAAGGCGAUGCCUACGGUCAUGGUACGGCGCUUUAUGGGAGAGCAAGUGCAGCCGUGCCCGCCAUUCACUCCUUGUGCUUUGUAGACGACUGGGAGGCCGAGGUCGUUCGGACCGAUACCGAGAAUCCAAAGGCAAACGAGUUUGACCUUGUCCGCAUCCGUCCAUCUACCAACGCCAACUUGGAGGCGGGGAUUGAUCUUGGUGUUACUGAAGUUCUUGGAAACAGGGAUCAGCUGGCUUCAUUGACAUACGUCAUGAACAUGCAGGGGGGCAGGAGAAAGUUGCUAGGGAGAGGUUUGCAAAGUGGUGGUUUCGAUGUGUUCAGCGCAGAAGGACCGGAUCCGGUGUUUCCAGCACCUGGCGAAGAAGAUGAAACCGAAGAAGAAGAGGAGACUGGUGCAGAAGACGAUGCUGGUACCUUGGCCAAGAAAGUGCAGAUCAAUAUUGAUACCAGCAUGGCCCGUUCCGGUUUCUGGCCUUGGGACGCUUCUGAUCCUACCGAUGAAAUUCGCAGCUAUGUCAACGACAUCCUGUCUUCCCACCCCGGCUAUGUCAUCACUGGACUCAUGACACACAUGGGCCAGGAAGGGAAGGAGUGGGUGGAAGAAAAGGUUUCCAUGUUCUUGAAUGCUGUUUGCCCCAUUGCAGACGAGUUGGCUCAAAUGCAGCCUGGUGUACCGAUCACAAUUCACUAUGCCAACACGCGCACCAUUGCUCUUAUGCUUGGCGACGGAGAGCCGUGGGAAUGCGACGAAGACUCACUUUCGGAGGAAGGCUUGGCACAGAUCCGGUACAUGGUUCGACCGGGCAAGGGCGUCUUUGGUCUUCUUCCGCCUGGUGUCCUAGCCGACGGUGCUCCAACUGAUGGAUCGCUGGAAGAGAAUCUCAAACCAGUCCUAUCCUUUCGCACCAAGAUUGCCACCAUUUCCCGUGUUGCCGAGGGUCGGCUUCUGGGUUAUGGCACAACAACACUGGUCCGGGACUCAAUUGUGGCAACUCUGCCAAUUGGAUGGGCAGACGGAUACCCAAUGCGAGUGUACGAAAACUACGGCAACGGUACCACUGAUGCUCGCAUGGUGGUCUACAAGGAAGAUGAUGACGACUGGCGGUGUGUGGUGCCUGUCAUGAGGAACCCAAAUAUGAAUUUGAUGGUUUUAGAUUUGACAGACUGUCCAUAUUUUGUCGAAACCCCCGAGCCAUGGACUCCAAACGACUUCACAGUGGAGGUGUACGGAUCAAACGAGGUGACGGCUGUCGAUGUUGCACGAUGGGGUAAUUUGCCUUCCCCUUCACUAGCGUGUACUCGAGUUGGAAAAUCUCUUGUGCCUGAUAUUCAUGUGGAUGUACUCUGUGGCGGCGAACUGUGCGAAGACGUCGAUGAUAUCAAAGGAAAGCAUUGCCGCAAGUGA